AGUGUGAACUACUCUAGAUAUCUGACGUGGUGCUGUCGACAAGACGACAACAGGGAAAGGCGAUAACCAAAAAAAUAAAAUACGUUUUCUGUAGUUGUUAGAAAUAUUUACAGAAAUCAAAAUGUUGGACAGCAUAUUUGAUGAUGUGAAGCGCAUGAACAAACGGCAGUUUAUCUACCAAGUUUUAAGUUUUGGUAUGAUAGUGUCUUCGGCUCUCAUGAUAUGGAAGGGCCUUAUGGUGGUCACCGGUAGCGAAAGCCCAAUAGUUGUCGUGUUGUCAGGCAGUAUGGAACCUGCCUUCCACAGAGGGGAUUUAUUGUUUUUGACAAAUUACCCCGAGGAGCCAGUGCGUGUUGGAGAGAUUGUAGUAUUCAAGGUGGAGGGACGCGACAUUCCAAUCGUUCACAGAGUUCUAAAGCUUCAUGAAAAGAACAAUGGUACAGUGAAGUUCUUAACUAAAGGAGACAACAACAGUGUGGAUGAUCGAGGCUUGUAUGCUCAAGGACAGCUGUGGCUCACUAAAAAGGAUGUAGUCGGUCGUGCCAGAGGUUUCUUGCCUUAUGUCGGAAUGGUCACAAUUUAUAUGAAUGAAUAUCCAAAGUUUAAGUUUGCGGUACUGGCGUGCUUAGCAAUGUACGUGUUAGUGCACAGGGAGUGACAGCAUUAAUUUGAUCUGAAGUGUUGUUAAGAUGGCCGUCUAAAGAGAUACAAAUGGCUCUGUGGAUGUAUUUAAUUUUAUGAUUAAAUGAAAGUUCUCUCUAGUGUUACUUAA